AUGCCCUUCUCAUCAGCUACUGACUUCGACGAUGCGCUUGCCAGCGUCCGGACAUCAUUUGCGCACGGGAAAACAAAGGAUAAAAAAUGGCGCAAGCGGCAAUUACAGCAGGCUUGGUGGAUGGUUGAGGACAACAAGGAGCGCAUGCAAGAGGCCCUACACAAGGACCUGAACAAGCAUGCGCAAGAGGCACUACCAUUCGAGGUAGCGGGCUGCCAAGCGGAUAUCCUGAACACCCUGGAGCAUCUAGACGAGUGGACCCGAGAUGAGAAACCGGAACGGGCCAGUCCUCUCAACUUUCUGGGCGGUGCAACGGUUCGCAAGGAGCCCAAGGGAGUCGCUUUGAUCAUUGGGGCAUGGAACUUCCCUUUCACGCUCCUCUUGGGCCCCCUGUUUGACGCGAUCGCGGCGGGCUGUGCGGUCAUCGUGAAGCCGUCAGAUGUUGCUACCGCAAGCCAGGACUUGUUGAUGGAGAUCAUCCCGAAAUAUUUGGACUCCGACGCCAUCCGAUCGGUGGCCAAAUUUAUUACUGCCGCGGCAGCCAAGCAUUUGACCCCCGUCACGCUGGAGCUGGGAGGACAAGGCCCGGCCAUCGUUUGCCCUUCGGCGGAUAUCGAGCUCUCCGCGAAGCGAAUUGCGGCAACCAAAUUUAUGAACGCCGGUCAGAAGGGAACUAAGUGCGUUGGUUUUAACCAGAUCUGUCUGAAUGUAAACCAUGUCUUCGUGCACCCAUCUGUGCGUCGCGAAUUUGUCGAUCAUCUCAAGAAGUACUUCGACUUAUUCCUCGGCGGGGACCGAGAAACAUUGCCAGCAUACUACACACACAUCAUCAACGAACGCAAUUUCAACCGUCUCGAGCGGAUGUUACAAAAUACAUCCGGCAAUGUGGUCUACAGCGGACAGCGGAACAGAGAGGAUCUCUCCUUCGGCCCCACGAUCGUAACCGACAUAGAAGUCGGAGACAGUCUCCUCUCGGAGGAGCUCUUUGGCCCCAUAUUACCAAUCAUUGAAGCGGACCUGGACACCGCGAUAUCCGUGAUCAACAGCAUGGAACACCCGCUAGCCAUCUACGGUUUCAGCCAGCAACAGAAGGACAAGGACCGAAUCCUGGCGGAGACAUUGUCCGGAGGCGUGACGUUCAACGACUGCAUGCUUCACGUUGCUGCAAAGGGUGCUCCGUUCGGCGGCGUUGGCCAGUCCGGCAUGGGCAAAUAUCAUGGCCCUUAUGGUUUUCUCGAAUUCACGCACCUGCGCACGCAUCUCGAUCCUCCCACGUGGAUGGAAAGGCUCAUGGCCGCACGCUAUCCGCCAUACACGUCCGACAAGCUCCGCAAGCUCUACCGACCCGCUAAAGCACCCUUCGACCGCCAGGGCAAUAAGGUGCGCCGGACAAGGGGCUGGCUGUAUGUACUUGCCUUGGCCGUUGCUGGCUCAGUGGCAGCGCGGACCGGGAUUUUUAACGCGUUGCUGAACUCUGGCUUAUUGGCGCGCUAG